GUUCUAUACUUCUUUGGUUACUAGAGAAGGCUCGUUGGAGAAAGAAGCGAAUGGUGCCGACUUUGACAAGCACUUGAGCCUCGUCGCAGCAACAAAGGCUCAACGGCGGCGCUCCGCCCCAGUAAAACGGCUCACCCUUGCAUACUUUCAACCGGAUGAACCGGAUAGAGAUUUCGUCAUGACCACUCUGUGCCGUGUCCUUUGCCUCCUCCCGCGUCUGUGUCGGAGCGGACUGCUUGCCGGGGCUCUUGGAUUCCGCGAAAGCACGGAUGAUACAUUUAAAUCUGGCUGGGACACUUUCGCUUUGCCGCCGCAUGGAGCGAUUUGCCCGGGCCCUGGCAGCGUGCACGGAAAUACGAUCGCUGAGCCUUGCUGCCGGCCGUAUGGACAAAGUGCUUGUCAAGGCCGUAUCUUGCCUUCCGCGUCUCGAGGCUCUGGAUGUGAGCGGCACGAUUUUCGACGACGAUCAGUUGGAGCUUGUGCUUUCCUCCUGUAGCCGAAUAAACACUCUCAUCGUCGACGGCUGCAAUACCCUUACCAGCCGCGCCAUCGAUCUAAUCGCCGCGUAUGGCGGGUCGUUCACAGCACUGUCUGUCGCCAACUGCAACGGCAGCGUUACCGAUUACAGUCUCCAAAAACUCGCAAAAUCGCACCACGCAAGAACUCUCACCCGACUCGUGCUUCGCAAUAACACCCAUGUAUAUGAUUAUGCGCUGCAAAUAUUCGGCCGCUUCAUUCGCCGCCUCGAAGUGCUGGAUCUCGGCGGAUGUCGUGAUGUAACGGCCCCCGGGCUCUUAUCCUUCCUCCAGGGAAUUCCGGAGCAAUCUCUUCCCCUCACCCGCACUCCUUGCUCGUCUUCAUUGGAAAUCGCUCACCCAGCGUCGCACUUCAACUCCUGGGAAUCCCCCGCCGGCACGCAGUUCACCAUGCAGCAGUACCCUACCCUGCGAGCCCUUAACCUAACCAAUCUCGGCUCAUCAUUCACCCGCGCCGCCAUGCACGCCAUCUUGCACGCUUGCCCGAAGCUGACCACGGUGAUGAUCCCUGAGCAUGUGCGCGGCAACGCUCGGACGGAGGUUAUGAGGAGAUGUCAUCACAGUGGGAAUGAGGCAUCGUGUGGCAAUUCGCUGUUGUUUCAAGGGUCGUCGUGGUUGCGUCGUGGAGAGAUCGAGUCGGCGCCGAGGCCGGCCGUGCUGGCCGAUGGGGGAGCGGGGGAUGAUGCGGUGGCGAUGGUGCCCUGAAAGUCCUCGGCAUUCGUUCGUCAUCUGAUCAAACGUUGCGCUACUUGUACGGGGAAAUCGGAUUUGGAACUCGGGGCGAUUUGAUAUCUUCAUCGGCUCGAGAUUGGAAAAGAAAGUUGGGAAGUUGGAAAGUGGAGGGAAGUUUACGGCGUUUUCGGAUAGAGGCACACAUCUACAUUCUAUCAGGGCGUAUGCGGAAUCGAGAGAAAUAGUGUCCGAGCUUCAUAAUUGUACCAAUGUUUGUACUAUGAAGUGCGUAGGCAAUGCCCAUUGUCAUCAAUUUGAAUAGAAACCCAGUUUUCAAACGCAGGAUAGAGGAAGAUCCUUU